AUGUCUAAAUCACAUCCUAUUAACCACCUCACAAAAACAGACUGUCAACCCCCCUACUUCCCCACAACCCGCCUCUCCCUCCUCCUCACCCGCUUCCCAACCAUCCUCUUCAUCGGCGACGAGACAGUCCGGAAUCUCCACACCACGCUCACCAUCCUCCUGCAUCAAGAUCUGAGACUCGGUUCUUUCCGUCCCUCGUUGAUGGGUGAUGUAGAGAAAGCGAAAUGCGCUUGUGAAGCCCAGUACGAAACUAUGGAGAUGUGUGAGAAGUUCCGGAGAAGCUUAAGCGAUGGGGAUAGAGAUGGAGAUGAAGGGAAAGGAGGACGGAUAGGAAUAGAGAAGCGGAUAAAGACGAGGAAUAUCUACCUCCCAUGGAAUAGGGAUUCGAAUGCUUCAGUAACAGGAGAAACGGGAAAAGGAACAAGAGAAGAUACGAUCCAAACCUUCCAAAACCUCACCUCCACCACGCAAAACCCCUGGCAACCCACCCCCCUCCUCCUCUCUUUUCCCCCCUCUUUCUCACGAGACGAGACGGUGAAAGCGUUAGAAGAGUGGUGUACACUAGUUCGAGAGGCGAGGAGGAAUAUCAAGGUUUUGUAUUUACCACCUCCAUAUCCUGCUGCUCAUCUCCACAAACUCGCGCGUUCUGGGGUUGGCGGUGAGGGCGUGUAUGGGAGCAAGGAUGAUGGUGAGAGGGAGAGAUAUGCGUAUGAGAAGGAUGUCAAGGAAUUAGCUGAACGGUUGAAAUUCGAGGUCCUCGAUCUCGGGGCGUUGGAUGGUGGUGGAGAGGAUGAGGAGAAGGAGUUAGAGUUGGAUGGUGGGAAGGAGAUGGGGGAUGGAGGGAGGGUUUUACGGAGGGAGUUGGAGAGGGGAAUGGUUUUUGUGGGGUGGUUGGCUUUCUUGGAGAGUUCUUGA